AUGGCCUCUCCUUCAAAUCUCGAGUAUACCCCUCUCCCGGAGCGAGCUGAGAAAGCAGCUGCGCAGAUGUUCGUUCCCCCCGAACAGGUUCAGGAUCGAAUUGCCGAGUUCGCCCACGUCCAGCCGCCCGUGGAGAACAAGGACGGAGAUACGGAAGUGUUCGAAGGCGAGACAUUCACGCACCACUUCGUCCUUGGCCCCGGUGAUGGCGAGGUGGUUCGAUGGCAUUAUGUCGAGGCCGGCCCUCACGAUGGCGAGGUGAUUGUGUUCCUGCACGGCAUUCCUGACUCGUGGUACCAGUGGCAUCUGCAAAUGGCGGCGCUGGCCAAAACAUUUCGGUGCAUCGCCGUCGACCUAAAGGGAUACGGACAGUCGGACAAGACCGCAGGCGACUAUCGCCACGAGGGGGUCGGCGAGCAGCUCUUCGAUAUGCUCAAGUUGAUAGGGGUGCAGCGAUUCAACAUCGUCUCUCACGACCGGGGCACAGUCCCCGCAGACUUUAUUGUCGCUAACCAUCCCGACAAUGUACUCCGCUAUGCCCGAGGCGAGCAGCAUCUCUUUCACUACAAUCCGAAGCUCUCCCCUCAAGGGGACCUGUUCAUGAACGCCCCUUAUAACGGGAUUCUAGACGACACAUGCCGUCUCGUAGUCACGGCCCACGCCAGUCUCUGUGUCCGGCCCAUUGCAACCCAUCACGUGGAGCGCCUGAUUCAAGAGUUCUCCUACCCGGGCAUCUCGAAGGCGAUUCCGCGGUACUUCAACUCGUCGACGUUUCGUUCUGAGUGGCUCCAGCGGGCGCAACCGCCUCCUCGCCGCAUGGAAAUGCCCGGUAUUGAUACUCCAGGGGUACGAAAGCAAGACGCAGCCGAGAGAGUUUUACGAGGACAUCUCUAG